ACGCCAUGGAGAAACCCUCAAAGGAUCGUCUCACUUUAUCUCCAGGUUGUAAAACGGAAGAUGAGGACAUCACAGGAGAUUGUGGAGGAGAAAAGACAAUGAGCUCCACUAUGGAUGGAGGACUUCACAGUGUGGAUAGACCAUGGAAUCCCUCUGACUCUGAGCAACCUCGUACUGUGAGGGGUGGUGCCGGAAUUCAGGGGGAGGAGACAUUUCCCUGUCCUGAACGUGGGCAAAGUUUUAGCUCUGAAUUAAGUCCUACUGUACAUCAGAAAACUCACUCGGGUGAGAAGUCGUAUUCCUGUUCUGAGUGCGGGAAAUGUUUUCCACAAAAGUCCAAUCUUUCUGUACAUCAGAGAUCCCACACGGGUGAGAAGCCGUAUUCCUGCGCCGAGUGUGGAAAACGUUUUUCACAAAAGUCCAAUCUUAAUACACAUCAAAAAUCUCACAGUGGGGAGAGCCCGUAUUCCUGUGCUGAGUGCGGGAAAUGUUUUUCGCAAAAGUCCCAUCUUUAUGUACAUAAGAAAUCUCACACUGGCGAGAAGCUCCAUUCCUGUUCCGAGUGCGGGAAAUCUUUUCCUUAUAAAUCGGACCUUGUCAUACACUAUAGAUCCCACACAGGGGAAAGGCCAUAUUCCUGUCUCGAGUGUGGGAAAAGUUUUUCACAGAAGUACCUUCUUUCCAAACAUCAGAUAUGCCACAGCGGCGAGAAGCCGUUUUCCUGCCCAGAGUGUGGGAAAUGUUAUCCACGGAAAUCAGAACUUGUCAUACAUCAAAGAACUCACACGGGGGAGAAGCCGUAUUCCUGUGAGGAGUGCGGGAAAUGUUUUUCACAGAAGUCCCACCUUAUUGUUCACCAGAUAUGCCACACGGGGGAGAAGCCGUAUUCUUGCUUUGAGUGCGGGAAGCGGUUUGCAUAUAAAUCUACCGUUGCCAUGCAUCAGAGGUCUCACACGGGGGACAAGCCGUAUCCCUGCCCAGAGUGCGGGAAAUGUUUCUCGUGGAAGUCCAAUCUUUACAAGCAUCAGAGAUCUCACAGGUGUUAAAAGCCAUCUUCCUGCCCUGAAUGGCGGAAGUUUUAUUCAUGGAAUUCAGAAAUUGUGACACACGUGAAAGAUCUCACCCUGGAGCGAUCCUGAAUUUCUGUCCUGGGUACGGUAAAAGGUUUCUAUGGAAAGCGGAACAUGUCAGGCUUCAGAGAUUGUGCACGAAGAAGAAGAAGAAGCCGUAUUCUGAACCGGAGUACGGGAAAUGUUUUGUAUAUGUAGCAAUGUGGACUAAAAGUGAUCCGCCGGUAUUUCUAUAUAUCGUAUUGUCCCUCUAGUGCCCAGUGUUACUAACUG